AUGAACUCUUGUAAAAUUUCGUGUGACUCACGGCUGCGUUUUGCUCUCGAUUUCGUAAGAGAUUCGGUUUCUCUCAUUGCUUGGCGCUUUUCCAAGCGCUGCAUCAUGGGAACCAUAGCGUUCGUGAAGAUUGCUCAACCUUCUUUGUCAGGUGUCGGGGGCGUGGAUGGUGGAAUCACGCAGCCACAACAUGGAUCCUUUGAAGGAGGGAUGCCGCCAUCUACACAGUUAGUUGAUCCAAGAGACUAUAGGUCUUUCUGUUUCCGAGGGGAAGGACGAGCGAACUUUGUGAUUUCUGCUAAGAAUGAAACCACCGGAUUGAGAAUUGUUUGGAGAUUUGCAAAACAGCGAAAAUCUGGUCUGUUCACAGCAAAAGCGAGAAGUGAAGUGGUCAACAAUUAUAUGAAUCGUCUCAUUGCGCCGUUUUUCUCUCCACAAUAUCUCGUUGCUCCAAGAAUGGUUGUGUUUCGCAUUGAAGAUGUGCAUCAUUUAGGAAAGAUUCCAUCGCUGCCAACAAACUUGAAGGUUGAGAAUUUUGAAGAGCUCUUUCAAGUCCCAGAGAAGUCUUCAUUCUUCCCACUUUCAUCAAUUCCAAAGAAUUGCACACGAAUCUCCGCCCUUGAAAUGAUUGAUGCAACGAGAAUUCCAAAGGAAAUCGGAACAUUUUUUGGACCAACUAUUACGAUUGAGAUCAAGCCAAAACAGGGUUUCUAUCAAAAGCAUGCCGGAUUUCCGUUGGCUCAUUGUAACAACUGCGUCUUACAGAUUGAGAAAUGCUCCUCGGAUGCCUUUGACACGAUGUACGAUUUUUGUCCACUCGAUCUCUAUUCUGGCGCGAUCGACCGAAUGAGGCAAUCACUUGAGGCGCUGUUCAAAAAUCCCCACAGAAAUCUCCGUGUCUUUGUCAACGGUGAUGUGGUGCAUUCAGACGAAAGACUUCUGGAUUGGGAUCAAAUGACCGAAACUGUGUUUCCUGACGGGGGCGGUACCAUCUAUCAUCUAAUUGACGCGCUUUGCUGUUGUAUGGCUGGUCAACCAUCGAUUAAUGAACAAAAUUUCUCAAUUGCAAACCAUUCCGUCAUUGCGCAAAUUUUGGCUGGCCAAAAGGUUGAUACUAUCGGAAUUGCAAAAGCACAUUCAGUUUAUGCAAAGUUGCCGUUGAAUGUUCAGCUUCAAUUAAAAGAACGCGGUGCUUUGGCAAAACGAACGCUGAAUCUUCUCACAGAAACUGAUGACCGAGCUCUGUUGGAGCAAUAUUUAUUAGCGGCUACGAUGAAAGAUUGUUCAAUUAUGGCGUCGCUUAGAUUAGUUCCAGCACAUGCCGUUGAUUCUGCGUCACCAGAAGACACAACCAUAGUGACGAUUCGAGGAGUUUAUUUUGCGGUUUCUUUGAAAGUUGUUGACUUGGACCCAAAGAGUGCAAAAAAUCUUGUCAAUGCUUACGAAAGGUUCAAAAGCGGAGCUAUUUUGCUUGCUAAGGAUUCGUCUUUAAGAAGACCUUGUGUACAAAUGCAAGAAGAA